UGUGGACAACAUAUGGACUGCAAAAAAUAAUGAGGAAUUUUAUGACAUUCUAAGACUUCCUGAGAUGCACAAAUAAAUUUCAGGACAGGUGCUUGCCACUUGGAACGAGUUGUUCAGGGUGCUGCCGCUUAACUCUUCUCCAAUCCUUCCUCUAGUUAUUGCUGAAAGCAAAGAUGGGCGCAGCAGAGUCGUCUUCCAAGCUUGGUGGUUCCGUCCAUGACUUCGUCGUUAAGGAUGUGAGAGGAAAUGAUGUGGAGCUCAGCAGAUACAAGGGGAAAGUCCUGCUUAUUGUCAAUGUCGCAUCUCGAUGCGGUCUGGCCAAUUCCAACUACACGGAAAUGGGCCAGCUCUAUGAGAAAUACCGGGAGAAAGGUUUGGAGAUAUUGGCGUUCCCCUGCAAUCAAUUUGCCGGGCAGGAACCAGAUAGCGAUGAGAAGAUUGUGGAGUUUGCUUGCGACCGCUUCCAAGCACAGUUUCCUAUUUUUCGCAAGGUGGACGUGAAUGGCAACAAUGCUGCCCCGCUGUACAAGUUCUUGAAGUCAGAGAGGGGCGGUCUAUUCGGAGAGCGUAUCAAAUGGAACUUCACCAAGUUUCUAGUUGACAAAGAGGGGCAUGUCAUGAAUCGAUAUGCACCGACCUGGUCCCCACUCGGCAUUGAGAAUGAUAUCAAGAAGCUGUUGGAGGUUUGAGGUAUCUCAAGGGAAGAUCAUGCGUCGUCUGUGUCAUGUUUUCGCUACUAUAUGUGUAUGUACACUUGCUCUAUCAUGAGUAACCCCAGCCUGUUGUAUGCUACUCUGUUUUCUACACUGUGAAAGGAAAAUAACAUUCCGCUGAAAUAUAAACAAAAUUAUAUUGAUGCAACA